AUAGCAGUCAGAUAACAGAGCAUUCAUCCAGAGACAUUGAGACAGAGAAUGCCACGGUCGUUCCUCCUGAACAAGAAGAAGAAGAAGAAACAGGGGGCAUGUGGAGGAUGGAGGUGGAGAGAGCCAGAGCAGAUGGACUGGAAGGAGGACAACCCAACAGUUGGCGAGAACGCAGAGGUGCAGUCUACAACAGUCACCUGCCCAGAUACCCCUCAACCUGUGGCUGUGUUUGAACCAGUUAACCCCUCUUCAGGAGCAGGACUUGGAUCUGGAUGCAUUAACGUUCCAGUACCAGUUAUAGGGGAAAGACCAGGGAUAGGGCCAGAUGGGGGCUAUGGCUGGUCCAACCUCCUGUCCAGGACCAUGGGCCAGAGUCACUUCUACAACCAUGCUACAUUGGAACUGGUCUCGCGAGCCAAGCCCCGCCCCCGUGUCCCCAGCAGCACAGUCGACUUCCUAUGCUCGGUGUGUCAUAAGGUGUUCCCCCUGCAGCGCAUGUUGACGCGCCACCUCAAGUGCCACAGCAUGGUGAAGCGCCACCCCUGCCGAUACUGCGGCAAGGGCUUCAACGACACCUUUGACCUCAAGAGGCACAUGCGCACGCACACAGGUAUCCGGCCAUAUCGCUGUGAGCUGUGUGACAAAGCCUUCACCCAGCGCUGCUCCCUGGAGUCCCACCUGAGGAAGAUCCACGGGGUCACCCAGCAGUAUGCCUACCGCCAGCGCCGCUCCAAGAUCUUCGUGUGCGAGGACUGCGGCUUCACGUCCAACCGGCCGGACGAGUACUUCCUCCACGUGCGCCAGUGCCACCCGGCGAGCCCCGCCCUGCGCCGUUACUACCGACGCCAGGCACACGAGGCCGCGAACGGCGUGUCUUCUGAGCACAAACUGGGUGCGUUUCUGAUGCGUCCCGCGGCUGGGUUCUAUGUGGGUUGAUUUAUGUGUUCAAAUAACUGCGAUUCUACUGGCCCUUAAGAAAAUGUGCACGUGGCCCUCGAGCCGAAACACUUGCCUAACCCUGAUCUAGGAGCAAUUUCUAUCUCCUUGAUGACCUAAGUU